UUCGCAGUGUUUCCUUCGGCGAGUCUUGCUGGUACACAGACGCGCAGAUAGUUCUGACAAUGUUGGGCAAAAUAAUCGGACAGAAAUACGUGGCCAUCGCGAAAACAUGGGUCCCCACACUUGCUGUCUGGGGUGGAGUUGGAGGUGUAGCUCUCGUCCACCUUACAGACUGGCGGAUCAUCUUGGACUAUGUUCCCUAUAUUAAUGGAAAAUUUAAGAAGGAUGAUUAGAGCUCCAAAGGGUCUGUUUGCUUUGUAUGGAUGGAAAAUGGUGAUGGAAUCACAGUUGGACAUAUAAACAUCAUUCAAUCAUGUGCAAUGAACUCAUAAAUCCACAUCCAUUUCUAUUGAUUGCUUCAAAUAAGCAACAUUAUAUUUAAUUUUUGGAGCAUUAUUCAUUUGUAAUGUGAAGGGUCAGGUCUCACAAUCCUUAUAAACCUGUCACAUCAAACUGUGUAUUAUCUGGAGAAAUUGACCUAUGUGUAAUUCCACAGAAAUCUCUUAACUGUGUUGAAAUAGUGUUUCAUUGGAGUCAUUACAUUUUGUUGUGGACCUGAGCUUUUUUUUAUUUUGUCACCUGCUUGACCACAGCUUGACUGGUGGUGCUUGUUAAUAAAUAAAUAUAACUUA